AUGCUACAGUUUGUUUCCUUAGAAGAACUCCAGAGCAAAGCAAUAUGUUCACAUUCGAUUUCAGCCUUGAUUUUGCCUUUGGCUUUUAAUUUUCCAGGAUUUUCAUUCUGCCAUGUCUUCGUGGGAGGGCUCAACUUCAACACCGAUGAGCAGGCACUUGAAGACCACUUCAGCAGCUUUGGGCCUAUCUCUGAGGUGGUUGUUGUCAAGGACCGGGAGACUCAAAGAUCCCGGGGUUUUGGCUUCAUCACCUUCACCAACCCGGAGCAUGCCUCAGACGCCAUGAGAGCCAUGAAUGGAGAGUCUCUGGAUGGGCACCAGAUCCGUGUGGACCAUGCAGGCAAGUCUGCCCAGGGAACCAGAGGGGGUGCCUUUGGGGCCCAUGGGCGCGGUCGCAGCUACUCUAGAGGUGGUGGAGACCAGGGCUAUGGAAGUGGAAGAUACAACAAUAGACCUGGAGGAUAUGGGUACGGGUAUGGCCGGUCUAGAGACUACAGUGGCAGCCAGGGUGGUUAUGACCACUAUUCAGGAGGAAAUUACAGAGACAAUUAUGACAACUGAGAUGGGGCGUGACACAUAAUAUACACAAGGAAUAGCACUUCUGAUCCAGGAUCGUCCUUCCAAAUUGCUGUAUUUAUAAAGAUUUUUGGAGCUGCGAUGAAACAUCUGUUUUAGUACAUCAAGUUCUAUUUUUGAAUUGAGCUCCCAACGUAGUUUGAUAAAGACCUUUCAGAAAGCUCCAUGUGUUUAAACAUUUUUUUUCCUUUUAAAGACAAAUUUUAAGACAUUGGUUAUGGUACCAGUAUUUUUCCUUUUCAUCAAACUUUGUUUAGGCUCAUGCCAAAAACGUUUUGUUUAUUUCUGGCCAGAAAGGUGGUCAAGAUAAUGUUUUUUAAAUUAAUAUGUAUUUAGGGACAUUUUUAAAAUAGUUGUACACAAUGUUUAUCAUGGCCAGAAAGUGACUUCCGAAUGUACCUAUGAGCAAUCUGAAUCAAGAUCAUGACUACCUAGAGAUGUUUAUUAUUCAAGAUCACUGUCCUGAUUAUAUAGAAGAGCUUCUUUAAAAUGUUUGUGAAUGUCAUUUUUUUAAUACUGGAAGAAAAGA